GUAGUAGUUAAUCUGCCUUGGCUUUUGGCUUUAAAAUCUUUUCUCCUUUGCAAUGUAUCAUUUACUGUUAGCCUUGUUCUUAAGGCUCUUUUCCUACUUCAGUGAUUCUUGGGGUUCUUUCUCUGACAAACCUUUGAUUCUCUGUAUAGCCUUACCUACAAGUCCCUUGUCCCAAGAUUUCAGAGUGUACCCAAGUUUCAAUGCCUGAAGAGGUGUGUAGAGGGUUUUUUGUGUUGAACCUUUGGGUCCCUGCAGCAAAAUAAGGCACAUUUAGACCCAGAGGAGCUGUUGAAAAGCUUGUCCAGCUUAAUGAUUAACACCUUGCAAUGCUAUGUGAGUGUCAGGACAAAGAGACCUCUGGACUCCUGAGCUCUCCUAAAAGAAGCCCUUGCACAAAACGCAUCCACUUACUAGAGAGGACUAACUCUCUGAGGUUGGAGGCUGCUGGCUGUCUCAGCCCUUGAGGCCUUGCCAGUGGUGGCAGAGGGUGCACAAGCCCACCCUAGAAGGCAGAGGGGCUCAGCCCUGCCAGCCUGUGCACCAUGUCCCUCCGUGAGCACGCACUGUCCCUGUUCUAUGGCGCUGUGGGCACCAUCCGCCCAGCUCCCAUGCUCAGGAGGGCUCUAAAGCUCCAGAGAGGUGGGUGCCCUCAGCUGCUGGUGAAGGACCAGGCCUUUCCAGUGAAGAGGGACCUGUACCUGGUGGGUUUUGGAAAAGCUGUGCUGGGGAUGGCUGCAGCAGCAGAAGAGAUCCUGGGAGACCACCUCACUCGGGGGAUUAUCAAUGUGCCACUAGGGAUCCAGGAGAGCCUGCAGCGAGCAGGAAUGCAGGAGAUGCUACUGAAGCCACACAGCAAAAUCCAGGUCAUCGAAGGCGCCAAGAACAACCUCCCAGAUGCAGAGGCUCUGAAGGGAGCAGUUGCCAUCCAGGAGCUGGCUGAGGGUCUGACUGCAGAUGACCUGCUCCUUGUGCUCAUCUCAGGGGGUGGAUCAGCCCUACUGCCUGCUCCCAUCCCUCCCAUCCUCCUGGAGGAGAAGGAGAAACUCACAAAGAUGUUGGCUGCCCGAGGAGCUGCCAUACAGGAGCUGAACAUUGUCCGGAAGACUCUGUCCGUGCUGAAGGGUGGAGGGCUGGCCCAGCUGGCACAUCCUGCACAGGUGGUGAGUCUCAUCCUGUCUGAUGUGAUAGGUGACCCCCUGGACAUCAUAGCGAGUGGGCCCACUGCUGCCAGCUCCCACAGUGUCCAGGACUGCCUUCAGAUACUCACCAAAUACAACCUGCUGCACAACCUGCCCAAGUCAGUGCAAACGGUCCUUUCCAGCUCUCCCACCAAGCCCACUGCUCCAGAAAACUACUCCCAUGUUUCCAACAUCAUCCUUGGGUCCAACACAGUGGCUCUGGAAGAGGCCAAACGCCAGGCUGAGGGCUUGGGCUAUGCAGCUCUGGUCCUGAGUGCAGCAGUCCAAGGGGAAGUCGGCCGUGUUGCCACACUGUACUGCCAGCUGAUCCAGCUGCUCUGCCUGGGCUUCACCAGCCUCAGAGAAGGGCCCCUGAGUGAUGAGCUGAGAGGGAAUCUCCUGCAGCUGGCAGCAGAGCUACAGAUUCCAGGAUUGGACCUGGAGGAGUUUCUACAGGCCCUGCGAGGAUUGGGGCCCGACAGACCAGUCUGCAUCCUGGCUGGUGGAGAAACCACAGUCCAGCUCCAAGGAACCGGCAAGGGAGGGAGGAACCAGGAGCUGGCCCUGCAUGUGGGGCUGGGGCUGCACAAGGCUCAGGCCACAGGAGCCAGCAGCCCCCAAGGGAGGUGUGAGAUCCUCUUCCUCAGCGGGGGAACAGAUGGGCAAGAUGGGCCAACCGAGGCAGCAGGAGCCUUCUCCAGCCCAGGGCUGGUGGCUGAGGCACUUCAGGAGGGCCUAGAUGUGGAAGCCUUUCUCAGGAACAAUGACUCCUACACGUUCUUCAGCCAGUUCCAAGGUGGGCGUCACCUCCUGGUGACAGGCUUGACAGGCACCAAUGUCAUGGACAUCCAGGCCAUUUUAAUUAGAGCCAAGGAGAGAUCAUGAAAGCUCUCUCUGCAGAUAUCCAGAUGCACUUAAUUAAGAGCAGGAGUAAAUGAAAGCACCAAUGUUGUGGACAAAUGCAAACUACUUAAAUUAGGGCUCACUGUCGAGUCUGCUAGUGUCUUUGACAGAAAGAAUCCACUAAUUAGACACAUGAGUGCAUGUCCACAGCAAAAACAAGCACUUGUAAUUGGGGGGAAUCAGAGGAAGGUAAGAGGUCACAUUACAGACAAGGAAACUGGAUUUAAAACUUGUGUCUGCUUCAACUAUAGUUAAUUUAAGAGAUAUGGGGAAGUUGAGGCCAUGGCAGGGCUACCGCAGAGAGCCCUUGCUGCACUAUUGCAGUUUCAGUGCCCCCAGCUCAAGAGCAGUGAGGUUUCAGGGGUUCACUGAAGCAAAUUACAGUGACUGAAGGAUAUACAAGCAAGGCCUGCUCACCUGAAGCAUGGAGGUGCUGUAGGGACACCCAGCACCAGGGAACUGAGUCCAGCAGGAUGUACACCUGUACAACCACGCUGGCAGAGAGAAGUUCUUGAUACUGUCUGGGUGACACGAGCAGUGCACAGUGACAAAGAGGAUGACAUACCUUCACUGUGCAGUGCAAGGAUGGGGAUGAAUGAAGUGCAGUGACAAGCCAGCUGUGUGGAGCCCCUCCUCCAGCCUCCCUUCCUCCACAGUGACAUCUUCUGUGCUGGUCCCUGUUGGGAGAGCCUCUGUGCCAGCAGCAUGUAUGCUGUGAGCUUUCAUGGUGUUUUCCAACUGUCUAGAAAACUGUCGUGCAUCCAGUCUGAGCCACUGACCUUUCCUCUGCACUGAGGCAGAAGUCGCUGUCAUUCUGAUUAACUCUGCUAAUUCCACAGAACAAAAGGCAAGGAAACCUUCAUGCUCAGCUCUCCUGACCCAUGCUGCUGAGCUGAUCAAAGGGCAGAUCUGCUGGAGCUGUGCUCUGACUGGGAGCUGCUCCCCCCACAUGCAUGAAGACACGGUGGUUAUCACAUUUUUGUCACCUACUGCAGUGUAGUUAUAUAGGAGAGCAGAGCUGAGCUUGGUUUCCCAGGACAUGGAGCUCACAGUGGGGCUGGAUUUCAGGAGGGCUUUGCCUGCAGCAACAGGCACACUGACGGUUUGGCUGGAUAUUCAAAGGACUACAGCUCAGCAGCCAGUAUGACCCAGCACGUCCAACUCCUUUUGAAUAUCCGUCUGUUUGUUACAGAGCCUAAGUGGGAGCUGAGCUCCUUUGAAAAUCCAGCUCUAAUGUAAUAGGACACGCUUGACUCAGACUCUUUCCAGACAGACCGACCUACUCCGUGUGGCUGAUCUCAUCUCGUGACAUAAAUACACCGUUGUGCCAACACCCCGUGGUGUGUCACUGAACAGUCAGUCGUUCUGCACCCCACUUCAAGGUGGAUCACAGGGUGGGGUUUUGAGGAGGAUGCAAAACCCCCUGUUUUGGUUUUGAAGCCAGUAUCUAACAAGUAGGGAUAUCAGCAGGACCAUCACAGGGCCUGGUGUCAAUGCCAGGCUGGCAGCUGGACUUUCUGGGCUACAGCCCAGGCUCAGAAUAAGGCACAACCCUGGGAAUUUCAAAACCUCAGUCUUGCCCAGUGGCUUAAACUCAUCCAUGCAUCUCAUUUGUCCUUGGAGUCUGAAGGUCUCUGUAACAUGCCUGAACUUGCUCUCACUGGCAAACAGCUCCGAGAUCUGCUGGGGAAAAUCUGCCAAGCAUUAUAGAGCUGGUUGUGCCCCUGUAAUGUCAGGGGGUGGUUGUGCAGAAGCUGCUUGUGCCAUGUUUGUCUCCAGAGGUCACUGGCAGGUUGCCUGCUCCAUGCCCAGCAGGACAGCUCCACGGGGGCACUAACACAGGCAGCAAUACAGCCACAAGUAUGGGCUGCAGCCAGGGUAACUGGGUAAAGCUGGCUCCAUAGCCUGCUGAAUGCUCCCUGGACCACUUUGCUCCAGUGGAGUGCAGAGUGACUCCAGUUUAGAGCUGGGGUGCCUGGCAGAAGGAUCACUUCAGCAGCAGUCCAGUGUGCCAGCCUGGGCACACUGCCACAGGGCCACCAUACCCCCCUGCCCACAGCUCUGCCACAUUGCUGAGCACCUCCCUGGGCUUGGAGCUGCUGCUUGUGCUGCCUCCCAGUCAAUUUCAGAGGACCUUGGGCUAGUGCUGGCUGGCUUCUCCUGGGAAAUGCCUACCCCAGGUAGCCUGAGCAGUGUCCUUGCUUCCUGAAUGGUGGCUUUUCAUAAUGAUUAAAGAGUGUGUGUUGGGGAGGAGAGAAUUCUAAUAAAAGGUUUGUUGAAAGGA